AGGGGAGUGUGGCAGGCGUUGUAACUUGGCUUGUAUCAACAGACGCGUUUUGCAGCCCGAUCGACCGUUGUCAGCUCCUGAUUUUCCCCAUCUCUCUUCAGUCUUGCCAGCUUGCUUCUUAUCGCUGCUGUAAUGGCAGGCACGCACUCUGGAGUCGAAACAGCGGUUACGGUUUGCUUCCGAUGGUCAGCAAGCAAAAGCUCUCUACCUGUUCAUAAAUUUGGAGAAGCCUAUCUGCAGACGACAGAGCUGACGAAGUACCAUCCCUUCCCCUCCGAGCGGACGAAAAUAGCACAGCCAAAGUAUUUCUAACAGGAGAAUCUGCAGGGAACUUUAGGCAGAAAACAUCUUCUUUCGGGAGCUUCCCGUGUUUCCCCUGUUACACAUUCAGCCAGUCUGCAUUUCGGGAGCGAAACGCGUGGAUAGUUUCAUUGAAUAGGAAGGAAACAGAGUGAGGGAUCAGUCUGAUGUGUGUGCUGUGCUCAUGGAAAGUGAUAUUUAGAAUCAAGGAAAAGGAUGGAGCUGCACACAUUGAGAGGAAAAGACUUUGUGAAUUAACCAAGAACCACUGAUCACACACCUCUCUUGCUUCCAUUCUCAACCAGCAAGACUACAACAGCCACCAUUGCCAUACAGCAAAAGAAAAGCAGAAAGGUAUUUCUGCCAGGAAUUUCAAUUUUGCUUCCGCCAUGACCUCCAACAACUACCAAUACCCAGUUGGGAGCAAAUUUUAUAAAGGAAGCACAAGUGUUGAUUCAGGAUUUCAAGAGCCGAUUGAUACGGUGAGCUCCCCUGAUGCGGCCAUGGAGAUCAACAGCUUUCUUCCCGGCAGCAGAAAAGGCACAGACCUGGUGGAUCAGCACCUCCAGCAGCAACUAGCCUCCCUCAAGCAUCAGCAGCAGCUGCAGCAACAGAUCCUUUUGCAGCAGUACCAGCAGCAGCGCCAACAACUUGAACAAGAACAUGAGAAACAGCUUCAGGAGCACAUCAAGUACCUGCAGCACCGGCGCCGCCUACAGCAAGAGCAUGAGAAACAGCUGCAGGAGCAUAUCCAGGGUUACUUGGAGCAGCAGCAGCACCAGAAGAAACUGGAGCAACAGCGACUGGAGAAAGAGAUGCUGGAGAAAGAGCGGCUGAAUCAAAUCAAGAACAAAGGCAAAGAUGAAGAAAGCGCCAUAGCAUCAACUGAGGUGAAGCAGAAGUUGCAGGAGUUUGUGCUGACCAAGAAACAGCGCGAGGCAGCAGCAGUGAAGGACUCACCGCCGCAGUUCCGACACCCUUGGGUGCCAAGCUCAGCAUCACUUGACCAGAGUUCUCCGCCGCUGAGUAACCUGUCGCCGCCUUACCCUCAUCCUCUGUUGGGCAAAUACGACGAUGACUUCCCGCUCCGCAAAACAGCCUCUGAGCCUAAUAUAUAUAAAGUGCGUUCCGCGUUGAAACAGAAAUUGGAAACUCGUCGCACAAUGAUAGCACACAGCCCGCUGAUGGUUCGGCGCAGAGACAAAGGACCCCUGCAGAUCAAACGCAAACCCCCGCUGUCAAUUGAUGCGGGUGUCUGCGGCAGCAACCCGGACUCGGGCCCCAACUCUCCGCCUAGCACUGCACACGGCUCGCUGGCCAACGGGAGCCUGUCGUCCCUCCAUUCAAAGGAGGACAGUGCAGCAUACAUGUUCAGUCAGUUUCGUCCAGGCAUGGCUUACCCUGGUGCAGAUCUAAGCUUAUACACCUCCCCGUCCAUGCCCAACAUCUCUUUGGGCAGGCCCCCAGCUUCAGGCCCCUCAUCGGGGUCUGGACCAUCCAGUAUUGUUUCUGAAGAAGAACAGCGACCUGGUCUAUCUGCUGCCAGGAUAGGUCUGCCUCUGGCCACGCAUAUUUUACCAGGUGGUGCACCCUGCUUUUUCCCCGCGCUGCCCAUGAUGGAUAGUGAUUUCCCAGCUGGCAGUGCACAGGCAGCAGCAUACUUUGCUGCUCAAGGGAAGCUUGUCAACCCAUAUAGCAUUCCAGUUUCUGGUCCAGCACCCAGUCCUCUUGCUGAGCCCACUCACCCUGCUCAUAGACUUCACAGACAUCACCGACCAUUAGGGCGAACACAUUCAGCACCAUUGCCUCUUGGCCAUCCUGCUUUCCAGCAAACACAGACACAACAACAACAGCAGCAACAACAACAGCAACAGCAACAACAGUCUCUGUUGUUGCAACAGCAACAUGAACAAUAUUUGAAGGAGAACCAGAAAUUGUACCUUAAACAGCACAUACGGCAAACAGUCCUUCAGAGAGCUGGGAGUAAAAGUCACAUGGAAAAUGUGGAUGAAGAAACAGAAGUGAAGCUUGCACAGGAACUGAGGGAGUGUCGAGAACAGGAGACUGUUGAACACAGAUGGGAACCCGUCAAGAUGCUGCCAGUACAACCAGAGGAAAUGAAAGAACCAGAGAUGAAGAUGGAGGAGGGAGUUUUAAUGCCAAGUGAGCUUGAACGGCAGCAGAGGGAGCGGGAAGCAUUUCUCUGCCAGCAGCGGGACAUCAUCAAAGGCCGUCAUGGACGUCACUCCCACCAUAGACCCUUAUCUCGCACUCAGUCCAGUCCUCUAGUCACCUUUUCUGUGCCACCACAGCAGCCAGCUGAUCCAGGGCCUGUUAACUACACAUUUACCACUGGUCUUGCCUAUGAUACAAUAAUGCUCAAGCACCAGUGUACCUGCAACAAUGAUGAAAGCCACUUGGAGCAUGCUGGCCGCAUCCAGAAUAUUUGGGCACGACUGACAGAAACCAACCUUGUCUCUCAGUGUGAAAGAAUCCGACCCAGAAAAGCUACUAUAGAGGAGUUACAAAGUUGCCAUACUGACCUGUAUGCUGAAAUAUUUGGAGGAAACCCUUACAAUAGACAGCGGUUGAUGGAGAAUCUGCCAAUGCGAUUCUGCUUUUUAUUAUGCGGUGGUAUUGGUGUUGACUCUGACACAGUGUGGAAUGACAUGCAUACAUCAACAGCAGCCAGGAUGGCAGCAGGAUGUGUAGUUGAGCUUGCAUGCCGAGUGGCGUCUGGUGACUUAAAGAAUGGGAUGGCAAUUGUACGGCCGCCGGGACACCAUGCUGAGAAAGAUCAGGCAAUGGGCUUCUGCUAUUUCAACUCCAUCGCAAUCGCUGCCAAGCAGCUGCGUGAGAAAAUGAAGCUGAAUAAGAUUCUCGUUGUUGAUUGGGAUGUUCAUCAUGGGAAUGGAACACAGCAGAUGUUUUAUGAGGAUCCCCAUGUUUUGUAUAUAUCGAUUCAUCGUCAUGAUAAUGGCAAUUUCUUUCCUGGAACUGGGGCACCAGGUGAAUGUGGAGCUGAUUCAGGUCAAGGGUACAAUGUCAACAUUGCUUUUGGAGGUGGCCUAAACCCUCCUAUGGGUGAUGCCGAGUAUCUCACAGCAUUUAGAACAAUUGUAAUGCCUAUAGCUCGAGAAUUUGGACCAGAAUGUGUUCUUGUGUCUGCUGGAUUUGAUGCUGCUAAGGGUCAUCCUACUGCCUUGGGAGGUUAUGAGGUGUCUGCAGCAUGCUUUGGUCACAUGACACGGGAGCUCAUGUCUCUGGCUGGUGGUAAGGUGGUUCUUGCACUUGAAGGUGGCUAUGACAUUUCCAGUAUCUGUGAUGCCUCAGAGGCAUGUGUACGGGCUCUUCUUGGAGAGGAGCUGCUGCCUAUUUCUGAGGAGGAAUUGACACGACCCAUCUGCAAACCUGCUAUGGAGACCUUGGAAACUUCCAUCAGAAUUCAGUAUCGCCAUUGGCCUUGUGUAAAGCGGUAUCUAAACACAAUCAACCAGACUCUCAUGGAAGCUCAGAAACUGGAUUCUGUGGAAGCCGACACAGUCACUGCACUUGCCUCUCUCUCUAUGGUCACAGCCAAACGAAGUGGUACUGUGGGCCAAGAGUCAGAACCUAUGGAUGAAGGGACAUAACCAGACAUAAGACAGAACCAGAGAAAAGCAUUUGAAGAGUAAAAGGUGGAGGUUCAGCAUAGGCAGCACAGCAGCCUUCUGUGUGGGGUGAACCUCUACACUAGCAUUUUUGUGGAUGCUAAUGGAUUUGAGAAAAAAAGGUCUCCCAGGACACGCUGAAAUUAACAGUACUUAGCACAGUGUUUGAUGUUGUCUUCAGGCAGUGGUUAUUGAAUUUGGUUUUCAAGAUGUCACCCACAAUUGUGGUAGUUACAUGGAAUGUAACUCAUUUGAAAAUAAAAGACUCCUGGACAUUUUUACAGUUUGUAACUGUUUAGUCUUCUGGAAUUUUCUAUAUCACUGUGUUCAUAUUACUUUUAAUUUCUGCAAGGCACACAGAAUCUGUAGUAUUGUUCCUUGUUUGCAAGUCUGUGAAGGAAUGCCUUCAAAUAUGCUGUUGUCAGCAUGACUAAUGCCUUAUUUGGCAAAGGCAUACCUUUCACCUCAGUUUCAAGAUGUGGACUGAAGUUUUUCUUCCUGGAAUUGGAAAGGAAGACUCAAAGAAGAGCGAAGAGCAAAAGCUCAAAAUUGUGUUGCAGAUGGUUCUUGUCAUGUCACUGCCACAUAAUAAACAUGAUUCUCUUCUUUUGGUGUUCGCUGCUUGAUGUGUGCUUGUUGCCAAACAAGGCACCAUCGGUCAUGUUUUUCACUAAAUAUACCGGUGCCAUUUUCAUUGGUGAGUCUGUUAUGUGUGUUUGCUUUGGUUUGGUUCCCUGGUGUGUGAACCAGUGUCGCAGACCAACUGAGGUUGGGUGAUGUUUGUUGUGUGUCUGUCAUUUGAGUGACCCAUAUUGUUCAAGCGCCUUGUCCUUCUACCUAGCUGCAGCAUUUCAUUCACUGUUUUUGGACGUUUGUGUGCUUGCACCUGUUUUUGUCGUGGGCGAUGAUAGUUUGUCAGGUGAGCUGUAUAGCCAUGAAACCUUGACUGCCUGUGAUGAGACCAAGUCAGCUUUGUGGUGUCAACACAUAAUGAUGUUCUGUAUAUUCAGUAAGAAGACUGGGCACCAUUUGUCAAAAACAACACUUAUUUUAAGGAAGUUGUCUAUAUCUUUACAGAGCAAUACAUCUGGGCACCUUGCCAUCGUGCAUCUCCCUCACUAAGCAUGUUUUAUAUUUACUACUACUGUGUGUGUAAGUGAGCAAUGGAGUGGGGAGUGGAGGGUAUGGCAAGAAAGGAAUAAUGUGCAUGCAUGAAUAUGACAAUUUCUCCUGUUUAGACCAGGGUUGAGUCUUGCAUUUUUUGAAACAGGUAUUGGUAUUCAUAUGUAUUUAAUAUCGAAGUAUAUUCAUAUGCUUCUUUGCAGUCUGUUUGGUGUGUCGUACUUUCUUCACCCAUGUUCUGCACAAGGCUUGUUAGCUUGGAUGAGUGGAUAGACAAAAAGGAAGAUCACUUCAAAUAAUUUCUUUGUACAGUUUUGUUCUGGUUUGGUCUGUGUGUGAACGACAAAGUUUUCUUAAAGACUGCAAUGGCUGGCUGUGAGUUUGUGGUUUGGGUUUUUUAUGUUUAAUUUACCGGACACCAAAAUGCACCUGUUGAAACUUAUAUAAUCUGUGUACAUUUAAAGUUGUUGCAAAUAUACAGUACAUACCACUGUUAGCUGUUUUAACUUGUUAAAUAUACCCUUUUCGAACUGUCAACCAAAAAAAUUUUUUUUUGAUGUAAGCACCCAACAUUUAUCCUCACCCUCUAAACCCUGAACUGGCGAUAGGCACAGAGCUGGUAUGAAAAUGAUGUCAUUUGAUUGGGACAUUUAAGAGUGCUGCAGUACCUGUUUAGCACUGAAUAGAGUUCAUGUUUCCAGGGACACUUUGUUAAGUAUUAUCAGUACAGAUAUGUCAUUUGUAAGUUUUGUCAAAGAGUUUCUGGCUGGACUGAAAAACCCCAAAUGUUUCUCAUGUGUCUGCUGCUAUCUUGAAGCAUGUGAGACUCGAGAGAAAGUUAAUUUUGUUCGCAUUAUGAUCAAGUUCAGAUGCGGAUUUGUUUUUAAAGGGGAGAGACUACUAUGAGACUUUGUUGACUUUGGGAAACCAUUAUUUUUUAGUACUGGGAAGACCAAAUGGGCAAGCAAAGUUUUAUAAAUCAAAUGUCACAUGAUCCCUGCUUCAGAUAUUAUGAAGUAGUAUUCAUAUGCAAACUGCUUGAAAUCUCUUUCAAAAUCUGUGAUUCACAUGUGAUAAAAGAAAAAUUAAAAAUAAGAUCAAAUGAGUAGUUCUCACUUGUUAGUCAGGUUCUGCAAAGGUGUUAAAAAGACAAACUUUGUAGUUUCCUUUUUUUUUUUAAAAAAAAAGAAAAAAUUAUAAAAAAGAAAGUUGUGAUAUGCAUAGUCAUUUUUUUUAAAAAGUUCUCCCCCUACCCUCCCCCCAAGCCAUCCCUUGUGUCUUUCUCCUGUUUCCAUUCUGUUUUAUCUGUAGACAGUCAUUGUUUCACCUUGUCUGUAGACUUGGUAAUUACUGCCAUGCAGCAUUUCAGCAUGACACAUUUGCUUGUGGAUAGGACCUUGAUUGGUUCACUGACAUAAAUCUACUUAGUGAUAUUAGUACUUCGGUGCAAGUGCUAAGUACAGACUGCCCUUUUAUGUGAAACUCAAAACUACUGUCUCUGUUUACUGCAUAAGUUGUGUAUGGCUGGCUGAAGCUUGGUGAUUGUUUUAUUUACAUACAGAUGCAUUUAUGCUGUCAUAAAUACCUUAUAUUACUGACAGGCAUUGGUAAGUUGUGUUUGCUUAAAAGUUCCUUACUUUCUCAGUUAUGUUUUCCUGAAUAUCUCAGUGUCUUUAGUGUUGCUUGUUCUGCUCUGUCGCCCAAUAUAGUUGAAGGGUGGUGAAUUCUGUGUCUAUAGCUUUUGAUUUAAAGGUCUUUUUUCAAAUAGAUGUGUGUUUGCUGGUAAUCACUGUGAAAAUGCUGAUGUAAGUCAACACUGAUGCAGUGCUUAGUCAGCACUGGACAAUUUUCUAGUCCUUGUGGUGUAUGAAGGCUCACUUUGAGGGCAUGGCCCAUUGCAGUGCCCUCCAAAACUACACAUUUCUGGUUAUUCUUACCAUAAAUACUGUUGAACCAUUGACUUUGAUAACCUUUUGCUCACCAUGUAUCUCACAUUUUCAUGAGCCUUCUAAAGGAAACUUAACCUAGUUGGUUUUUUUAUGUUUGGUGAGGUAUUUUUCAGACCUUUCUACCCUAAUGAUGGGAAGUGUUGAGUCAUAAGUAUUUGUGGGGAGCAGGUAAUUUGAAUAAUAUGUAUGAAAACAUAUAUCUUGAAAAUUCCACAGAAAGAAGUAUAACAGCAGUUGAUGACAUUUUGUGUUGCUACAUUUUUAUAUAUUUUAUAAACAGCUCAUGACUUUUGUUUUCUUUAAGUCUGUGAGUAGCAGCCAAAUGUUUGCAUUUUAUAUCAUUAGAAGUUUAGUUUUAUUUGUUGAAGGUAAUAGGGAAGUUUGCAUUAAUGAAAUAAGACUUUGGAACUGUUUAAUGAAGAGUGCUUAUUUCACUAGCUCAGCUGUAGUUUUCUGAGAUGUACUGCAGAUAACAAGAUUGUUAAUUAGGCUGCAAAUUUAAACUUAAGGAGAUAGUCCAGAAAAAGUUACAAAUAAUUUAACAGUUUGUUUUAUUUUUAUGUAUAUUCAUGGAGUAAAAGUUUGUUCUCUCAUUGCUUUUACAAAGCAUGUACAUCUGAAGAAUGUAUCAUUAGUUAUGUGACAUCUGUAUCUUGUAUUCUUGCAAAAUCACCAGCUUUGUCUCUAGGUUAAGAAAUAAAAGAGGAUAUAGGUAUCUUUGCUUAGAUGUUUAUCAUUGUCCAUGUUCUGUAUGUUUAUUACUUCUCCAGUUUCCUGGAGCCACAGAUUGCUAUGGCCAGUCUCAUGUUGGAAUAGUGUUAUCAUCCUUUGUUCCCCACAGUGUUGUCAUGUCUUUUAGGAUUUUUUUUAAACAGUUUUUAGGGGGAUGGGGCUGCUUGUUGGCUACAAAAGUAUGCAAAAUGACUUCCACCUUCAUGGAUGAGAGAGAUCCUUCUUGGAGAAAGAAAGGAAGAGUAUGUGCAGAUUUCGAAUGUGAGGUACUGCUAUUUAGCAGUCAUGUGACGAGGUUAUGAGUGUGAGAUACUGCUACUGAGCAGUAAUAUGAUUAGGGGUAAGCAGUUACAGAAUAUAAAUGGCCUGAUGUGUGUACACAGAGAGAGCAGUGAGUGUGAUCAAGGGAGGUUAAAAACAGAUUGACAGACAUGAAGGUACCAGAGGUGGCUCACAUUAUGUUCUGUGUUGUCAAGCAGGCCCUUUAUCUUCUUUUGUUGACUUGAUGUGCCCAGGAUGUCACAGUGCCAAGGCUUGUAGAAGUUUGUAUAUUUUAUUGAAAAUCACAAAGCAGUUUUUAAAAAUUUGUUUGAAACGCAAAUAUCGUCUGUGGCUACAACAGAUUUUCAGAAUCUUGGCGACCGUUUGAGAUCACUUAUGUUUUAACAAGGAAGGAAUAAAGAACCUUUCAGUCCUAGCUGAUCAUAACAUUUUACUUAGGCCUAUAUUAUUGCAUUUUCCUUUUAAUCAGGUGUGUUUGGAUCAGGCUGUUUUUCAGUUUCUGGAAGGUAAAGGAUCAAUCUAAAAGUUGAUUUUUCAUAUUUUGAUUAAUCAGAACAGACAAGGGAUGGACAUAUUUAUGAGAAACUAAGCACAAAGUGCUGUUAAAGCUACUGCUGUCAUUAGCUUACUGUAAAAGUGCAUUGGUGAUUUCUGUUUCUUUUCUUCCUUUAAAAAAAGGCGCAUUAUUAAAGUGGGUUGUUGAGAGUUAAAAACAUGAUAAUUUAGGGUAUGGAAUGGAAUUAUUUGCUCAAGCAUCGGGAAAUUUUAUCCUUUAUUGAACUGAUCUGGUCAUUUCAAACUAACUUUGCUAUCUGGUAAAACUUUUCAUUGACCAAGUUGUACGUUUCAAAUACUUAACAGUUAUCCAGUGUGCACUGAUAGUAGUAGACUUGCUGCUGUACAUUUGCAGUGACAGUCAUCAUUAUUCCACUGACUUUUGUGAUUUGGAGACAAACAUCAAGAAGAUGAUGGGUUUUAGCUGUUGUUUUGUGUGUGCUCAUGGUGCUGUUUUGCUUCUGGAUGGAGAAGCUGUCUGCUGGUGGCUUAGUAACUGAUCCUGGUCAUCCAAAAUAGAACAUUAUCUUUAUUGACAGGCACUCAUUUGCAGAUGCAGAAGACAAGGCACACAUUUUGUGCCAAAUACAUUUGCUUGAUAAUUUUAAGAAGGGCAAUUACAGCCACAAAAUAGGCAACAAAAGUUUUACAAUCAUCUUCAUAAAGAGUUUGAUCAUAUAUCAGAGAAAUAGCCAACAUUUGUUGGACCUCAUGGGACCACUCUUUUCUUAAUUCUGGUUGAACCUUGCAUACUAAGAUUUGUUUAACUAUGUAGAAUAGUUUAUGGGUAAUGUUAACAUAUUUCUGAGGUAGUAACUGAGCACAAAUGCAUGCUUUGGAUAGGUGCAGGGAGAGUCCUUUGUCUGGUAUGUAGAAAAUUAACACUAAAAUAUUCUCGAUACUCCCCUCCCCCUUCACCAAAUAACUGUAAAUGGUAAUUUGGUAUGAAAAUAUAAGAGAAAGCACAAUAAUGAUCAUGUCUGAUAGAUUUUUUAAAAGUUGAAGCUGAUUACUAUGAUGUUUGUGAUAAUAAAUGUAUGUGAAUAAGGGAUACUUAGGAAAAGUUGCAGUCUGCUUUGACUUGUUUUUUAAGGACCUUUUGUGUGCAAAACUGAAUGUGCGGUGGAUAUUCACAUCAUUACAUCCUGUAAACAGGGUCAAGCAGUGAUGUCAGACAAGUACUUUUUAAAGUUGUCUCUCGUUCAAGUUUAAUCAGAAUGCCUUAUAAACAGCAACUGGUUCAUGACUUGCCCCUUCCAGUGGGGUCAGUUUAGCCGUACAAAGCUAGUUUAAAUGAGUAAGAAGCUAAUGGCAGCGCAUGCAUUCAUGAUAGAAGCCUGUUUCAAAUUGAUGCUUGUGUUCUUAUAAGGUAAGGGCUCUCAAUUAGCUGAAUAUGGAAAGCAACCUUCACUUUCUGGUACCACGUUUUAGAAAAUUUUAUAGAAGUUUCCAUGGAAUUUUAAAUACUUUUUUUAACUGUUUAAAAUUUGUCAUAUCUUAUUGUUCACAUUUUAUAUUAAACAGUACUUAUAGUGGCUUUAUAUUUUUAUUUUCCAUGAAAUAUUUUGCAAAAUAUUAUUUACAAGUAUUAUCAAUAUUUUAAUGGUCAUUUUUAUAAGUUUUUUAAAGUUAUUGUAAGUUUUUUUUUUAUAUGAAACAUUUUGGAAAUGUAGACUGCACAAGAAAUGGUUGGCGCAAGACAACACAAAUAUUUGUUACAUAAAGAUGGUAUAUAUAUUUUUUUUCAAAUGCAAAUUGUGUAUGUGCAUGUCACUAUCGUGACAUUCAUCUAGGAGUUGAGUGCUUUCAAAGACAAGAUGUGGAGUUUGAAUGAUGGACUGGCUUGCAUUUUCCUGGGGGAUGGUGUUGUUUUUGGAGAUUUCCCUCCCCAUCCCCACCAAUAGAAACUGUACAUAUUUCUUGUUAUAUGUGGACUGAUACACAUGUUUUCUGUGGCCAUGGUCCAAGUCGUUGGUUGAUUGGUAUUGCUUUAAGUAUAUAAAAGUUUAAUACAGUUGCACCUGUUGUGAACUUUGAGAUUGCUCCCCCUCCCCCAAUCUUUGUAAAGAAUGUCAUUCCGAGCAGGACUCGGGGACUGGAUGACCUUCCCUUCAGUUCUUUCACUACAUGUCAGUGUCUUUCUAUUUGGAUUUCAACAUUAGACAUGGAGGUAGCGUGGAGACAGGAUUGACAUUGCUGAACACGUUGUCGUGCUUGUGUUAGGGAACAAUUGUUGUUUUGCCCUUUACUAGGUUUUGAAUAUUUUGUGUAGGCACCGGGUUAAGUGUGUCGAGGCUGUAUGGGUGGGGAUUAAAUUAUAGGUUAUUCGAAGAUCAAUAUUUUUGUAAAAAUCUUUAUUACUUCAUUAUUAUUUCUGGCAGUGGUUUUUUUGGAAAUUUUGGAAUUAAGUCGCCUAACAGCAGUGUAUUAUCGGCCAUAUUUCUUUUUGAAGGAGACGUUAAUUACUGAGGUGUGAACUGUUCUAAGAAAUGUAGAAGAAGUGGGAGGGUUGCGGAAGCAAGAAGGAAAGGUCUGCAUAUUGUUGCCUUGAAACAUUUUGACAACAGUCUGUGCAUGCUCUGCGUCCGUAAAACACAACUAUCUCCUGUAGUGUGUUUUUCACUCGUGAGUAAAACCUUUAGAGCGAGCCGAGUGAAUGAAAUAGGGAGACAGAUGUUACAAUGCAGUUGUGAAAUGUGAAAAAUAAGAACCUGCAGCUUGAGGUGGCGACCAGGCUACUGUGUCUUGACUAGCAUUAAGGCGGGACUAGUGUACAUAUUGUGUGUGUGUGUCUGCGCGCUCGUAGAGAAUGAUGUAAUAGAGCUCGUCGUCACUGCUGAGGCGGAGAGGUCAAGGGGUCAGUCUGCUAACCGUGACCUCUUCUAGGCUGUGUUCUUGAGAGAGAAAAAAAGAGGGAUGCUGUAGACUCUGGCCAGUGUAUUGCUGGUAACAUUUUGAAAGCCAGGCUGGGGGAUGCAUGCCAGUUCUUAAGCGCCGUUCUGCCGGAUAGAACGACCGACUUUUUUUGUUGACCGUCUGAUGAGAAGGGUCCAGAGCUGUGUGCAGACACCUGUCUGCUUCCUCCCGAACUCAAACCUGGGCAUAGCGUUCGGUUCCCUGGGGUGGAUUGCUUCAGCUGUCUGCAGCAGAACUGAGGCUGCGCAGCGAUGUGUAAGAAAGGAACUAGUUGAAUGAGGGUCAACACUAGUGACCCUACACAAAACCUCAGGGUUGGUGCUGCGGCCGACGGUGUUUCUCCUAGAUGUUAAUCGCUAACUGCAGGCACGUGCAGACUUUCUUGUCAUGCAUCUUUAUUUCUCUUUCUAAACUAUUUUAGUAAUCAGUCUCCUAGACGCACAACCCUUCCCCCCCAAACUAUCGGUAACAGUCGGUUCUCUCCACGUCAUCCCCAGUUCAUGUGUGUUUUUCUAAGGUGUAAAAACCUGAUACUUUGCCCUUGGCACUUUCCAUGAAAAUGCAGAAUUGGUGCAAUAUUCACAGAUCAAUGUACAUGAGUCAUUCAUAUUCGUUAUCGAGUGAAUCUUUUUGUUGGAUGUUUUAACAAAUCUGAUUAAUCGAUGGACAUUCGAUGAACACGUUCAAACGUGUUAAUGAUUACCUGUGUACUAAAUAAACCGUUAACAAAUCUGGGAUUUUCUAAGACAGGUGUUUGGCAUCAGGAUUUCAAGAUCGGUUAGACCUUUGCUGACAAACUUGGGAAUUUUAAAGACAUUUUGCUUCCCUUAAGAAAUAAACAGUGAAAGAUGUUACGCAUACGUUUGGAUUUUAAUAAUUAGUCAAACAUUGGCAUGAAGUGGUUAAUGGGUGUGUGUGUGGGUGUGUGUACGAAAACUGCGCUUAUAGAUUGCUCAUACAGAACAAACCUACAUGUGUUUCAGAAUGUCCAGAUGGAUAUACCAACAGGCUAGUCCAUAGUUGGUCUGUUUAUUUUUUAAUGAUCAUUUGUCUUUGGCGUCAGAUACCCAGUGUAUUGUGUUGUUCUUCAGGUAGUCUACAUGAGCUGCAGUCUUUGUGACUAAAAUACCGGCAACACAUUGUCAAAUGCUAGAUAUGUUAUUUCUCCAACGUUCAAACCCUUCGUCAUUUACAAGCUACAGUCUGUUUCUCCUUAGACGUUUAUAAGUUCUUUUAAGGCUUUGGUUCCUUUAAGCAUGUAUUGUUUUUGGAAUAUUUUGUGAUGUAUAAAUUGUGUGUACGCUAAUUUGAGGCGGGGUUUAGGAUGCUAAAUGGCGGGGGGUCAUUUGCUGGACUGUACAGCUUGACCUGUCGCAGUAGCAGGGCCCCACCUACCCUGACCCUGACCUGUCGCCGACUCCCUCAUAAAUCCUUGUUUGCCUUUUGUUGACAUGUUGUUUAUCUACGUUGCCAUUUUGUUGUGACUGCGUGUCACGCGGUGUUGAGACUUCUGUGAGUUCAGUAUAGUAAUAACAAGUUUUACCUAGUGCCCUGAGUUUCUCACUUGAUUGGUCAGUCUUUAAGAUGUACUUUUGCGUUUGUGUAUUGUAAUGUCAUCAUUGUAUAAAGCUGGUCAUUUCAGACUUCUGUGAAUAAAAUUUUGUUGUCAUAUGCC